GUGCGUAGCGGUGCGGGUGCGGACUGUACUGCGGAGUCGCGGAGCCGAGGGGAAUGACAGGCGGACAGAUCGAGAGAAUUGACGUGUGGAGAGAAUGGCGAGCCACGACGAGUUGGUCUCGCAAUUCGCGGACGUAACUGGUGUUGACGCCGAGAGAGCGCUAUUUUACCUUGAGUCAUCCGCAUGGCAGCUCGAGGUCGCCCUCACCAGCUUCUUCGAGAACGAUGAGCCGGCCGAACUGGUGACCGAGAGCCUCGACAUACAGCAAGCGGAGGGAUCGGAGGAUAACGCGGGCGCGAUGUCGAACAAGCAGGCCAAGUCGGACUCGACGGAGUCGAAGGGCGCCAAACCGAAGCCCAGAUUCGGGACGUUGAACGAUCUACAGAAUGCCGACACCAGUUCCGACGAGGAGGAGGGACAGGCGUUUUACGCCGGCGGUUCCGAGCACAGCGGUCAACAGGUACUGGGACCGGGAAAGAAGAAGAAGGAUAUUAUCAGCGACAUGUUCAAGACGUGUCAGGAGCAAUCCCUCGCCGCGGAUCCGCCCAAGAUAGGCGGCCAACAGAGGCCGAACACGUUCAGAGGCACGGGAUAUAAAUUAGGCCAGACUAGCUCGGAUAGCGAAGCGGUGAUGGGAGCGAACGCGGAUCAACAAUCUUCGAACGGUCUUAUUGUACUGAAAUUAUGGAAGGAUGGGUUUACAAUAAACGACAGUGAGAUACGAUCGUACGACGACGUCGAGAACAGGGACUUUCUCGAUGCCAUUAAGCGAGGCGAGAUCCCGGCGGAGAUUCGUCAACAGGUACAGGGCGCGGAAGUGCGGCUCGAUAUGGAGGAUCAUCGUCACGAGACUUAUGUUCCAUCGAAAACCAAGGUGAAAGCCUUCUCGGGAAAGGGGCACAUGCUGGGAAGUCCAUCGCCGGCUACCGUUGGCAUGACGGUUGCGACAGAUCCUGCUGAUCAAGCCGCCAAUGAGGCGCAAGCGAAAAAGGAACUGGAGCUAGAUGCCUCAAAGCCGACCACAACGUUACAGAUCCGUCUUGCGGACGGCAGUGUUGUAAAGGCUCAAUUCAACCUGUCGCAUACAGUCGCUGAUCUUAGGCGAUAUGUAAUAACUAUGAGACCUCAGUACGCUCUAAGGGAUUUCAGUUUGUUAACUGUGUAUCCAACGAAGGAGCUUGCGGAAGAUAAAACGAUCGAAGAGGCUGGUUUACAAAAUUCGGCUAUAAUGCAACGACUGAAGUAAACUUUUUCUAAAUUCCUAGAUUGAAUGAUGUAACGAUUAGACACCAAAUAUAUGUUAAAUCGCUUGAAAAUAAAAUUUCUAUGUAUUUUUAUUAGGAAUAUAGCACCUUUUUUUCUUA